UCUUGAGAAUUAUUAAGAGAAGUUUGACACCUUUGUCAAACAAAAACACGGCUUUUUAAAACAAAAAUUAAAAAUAGCUAGCUGGUAGCCAAAAUUGCCUAUAACUAGAUCUGAUUUUUGUUCUAUAAUUCGUUUUAUCUAAACUUAUUGCUACUGCAAUUAUAUUUGCGCUUCUGAAAGCUGCAAGUUGUUAACUGAGAUUUAAGAACUUAAGUGCAUCUGGAUCUUGUAUUGCAAAUACUAUUUUGUUGUCUGCUUAUUUGAGAGGAAAAUCAUUUAACAUGACAGCAACAGACGAGAGAACUGUGUUUGCAAAAUUGGAAGCAGUUAAAGAAAUAAGGGCAAAAACAAUACAACUUGAGAAACUCAAAGCACGACUAAUAUGCGAAAUCGAAUCUCAGGAGCAGGAGGAAAAGUCAUUAUCUGAAUUCAAACAAGAAAUGGACCUUUUACUCCAAGAGAAGAUGUCCCAUGUUGAGGAAUUGAGACAAAUUCAUGCUGAUAUAAAUGCGAUGGAGGGAGUGAUCAAACAAGCGGAAGAGAAUAGACACAGAUCUAUGGGUUCUGCUUUAAGACUACAUGAGGAAUAUUUACCGCUAAAAACGGAAAUAGAUAGACUUAGAAGAGAUUGUUUGGGUCUAGAAAGGCUUCCAGAGCUUCAUGAAGAAGAGGGCUCGAGUGUUACACCCGAGAAAUUCUCUCAGCUUUACAAUAACGCCAAGAACCAGUCAGCUAGCUACAGCAAGACGGCUGAUUGGACCAGGCCUAUAACCUCAACGGAAACUUCUCUGAGCUCGUUGGCUCCACCCUUACCACCAACAUUUUUACCGCCCCCCAAUCCUCUGCGGUUGGUUUCUAGCAAACCAGAACCGGGGAGACCGGGUGGUUUGGGUCCGGGUAGCCACCCGGGUCCCCCGACUCCCACUUUCCGACAGCAACCGCCGCCAAUGAAGUCCUGUCUCAGCUGUCAUCAGCAGAUUCACAGGAACGCGCCUAUUUGUCCCUUGUGCAAGGCCAAGUCUCGGUCGCGCAAUCCUAAGAAGCCCAAGAAGAAAGACCACUAAGUAAGAUUAAUUUUUGCUGGUUCAAAAAAUAGUUUUUUGUAGCUUUAUACAGGGUGUUUCAAAAAAUAUGUACCAAUUUUCCCUCGCGUAAAAAUAAGAUUUAUUUCUUAUGUCAACAUCUGCUUUAUUUCGUAGGUACAGUUAUUAAAGUUCUUCAUUUUUUUGCAAUUCAUUAGAAUUUUCUUCCAAGUGCUUUUAACGAUUCGAAUGGAAUUUUGAGGGUAAAAUUUGCUAUAAGUGUUACAUAUUUUAAUGCUAAAAAAGUGUGGACAGACAAGGGACGUGCAUAUGGGUUAUCACUGGAAUAAUUUUCUAAAAAAGACAUGUACGCCACUGACUUUUUCUCUUAUAUUUAGGUCUUAUAUAGGUCGUUGAAUACAUCGUUAAAAGUCUUCUUGAUCUUGAUAAUUUAUCGAUUUCCAUCUCCUUGAUGAGAUAGAUAAACGCAAUUUUAUUAAUCACAAGUAAUAAAAUUAAUAAUUAUUUAUUUUAUCUAAUUUAUUAUUAAAUUUUAUUAAAAUUUACACUGAUGUUCAGUGCUACCUACAGCAAAUUCAAAAAAUAAAAUUGUAUAAUAUAAUUACAAAAGACCUCUUUUUUAAAAGUUGUGACAGCCAUGUUUAUAGGAACUUUUUUCAUAUAUUUUUAAUGAAGAAUCAACAGGUACUUAACACUGUGGCCGCUGUGCUGACAAAGUGUGAGAACAGUCAGUGGCGCACAGACUUUCUUUAGAAAAAUAUUCUAGUGAUCACCCCUAUGCACGUCCGUGGUGAAUCUGUCGACUUUUUUAGCAUUAAAAUAUGUAAGCCUUAAUGAAUGACUUGUAGCCACGAAACCUAGGCCGAAUCAAAAAAUAAAUCUUAUUUUUACGUGAGGAAUCUCCGCACGAGAGAUGCUUUUGAAACACCCUGUAUAAUGUAUUUUGUGUGUCGUUUUUUUUAAAAGCCCAGUGUCAAUUAACAUAAUGGCUCAUUUAAUUUAAAAUAUGUGGUUCUGUGUGUAUUGUAUACGUAUAAAUAAGCAAAUUUAUUAAAUAAUAACAUUGUAUGUCAACAAGUAUAUAUUCUCUAGAUAUAGUAUUAAAGGAAUUGUAAGAUUGAUGUGAGUGAAAUACAAAAAAUGUGCUCGUUUUA